GUGCAUGGACCGGCCGUCCACAAGACUCGAGUCACGCACUGAGAGCUGCAUUACCAAUUGCGUGGAGAGGUUCAUCGAUUCAAAUAACUUUGUUGCAAAUCGUCUUCAGAAAGUCGCAACUUCAUCAGGGAUGUAAAAGCAAAUAAUGGACUAGUCUAGUGGUAAAGCUGGUGACUAAUGCCCUUGAAAAAUAGAAAUAGUGAAUCAUCCUGCUUCAGUAAGACAUUUGUAAGUGUAGGACGUAGUUGGACAUUUCAUAAAAUAUAAUUCAUAGAAAGAAGGAAAAAAAUCAUAAGCCACCAUGUUUUCAAGGAUCAGAUCGUUUUUGAGUCGGCACAAAAGGAAAUUUAUCAUAGGGGGAGCCAUUGUUGGAGGUGUAGCCCUUCUAAGCAGAUAUGCGGAGUAUAAGCUUCUGCAAUGGCAUGAACAGCAAACAAGAACAAUGCUGGAAAAACAAAAGAAGCAUCAUCACUAUGAAAAUACCCAGAGAACAGCAAAUGCAACAGUUAUGAGCUUGGCAGGUAGCAUGAGAGAAGUUGUUUGUAGAGAACUAGAUACAGAUGCACUCCUACAAGCAGUCCGUGAUCAGCCAGAACAUAAACUUGCCAUUUGGGAGCAGCUGAAAAUAGUUGGGUUUAGUCGUGCAAUAAGUGUGGUAUACAUAUCAAGCUUAGUAGCUUCUGCUAUACGUGUACAGCUAAUGUUACUUGGAGGUUAUACAUAUGGAGACUUGAUACAGUCAGGCCAUGCAGGGAUACCAAUUUCACAAGGUCUUCAGCAAAAAUAUCUUGCAGCAGUCCAUUAUUUGGUGGAAGAAGGUGUCCCUAGACUUGCGCACCAUGUAACUAGAGCUGUGACUCGUAUAGUCACAGGGUUGCCUUUGACUCGCUCCCUCACACUUAGCCAGUUAGAAGCCAUAUACCAAGAGGUUAGGUUAAGUCUAGCAGGGGAAAGUGGAUCAUCAGAGUCAGCUCCAGCGGGAACAUCAUGCAAGCUUGACCAAUGGAGCAAAUAUGUCCUGAAACCCCCAGUUGCCCCGGAAGAAGAUGGUGAAGAAAGGGUCCUUUACAAUAUGCUAAUAGAAACCAGUGAUGUUAUAGAUAGUGAAGAUUUCAACACAGUUGUGGACACACUAAUACAACAUGGUUUCAACCACAUUCUUGAUCGUGUGGCAGAUUUCUACCCUAUGUCAAAGUCAGACUUACCAAAUAUUGGUUCUGAGAACUGGGUUGACAACAUCAGUAGAGAUUCACCCACAGGUGUUGCUUCAAAUGAGGAAAGGAAUGAUGCCUGUAGAAAUUUUGUAGCACAAAAUAUUUCAAUUCUCAAUGACUCGGUUCUUCCUGUGGCUAAGUUGGUGCCAGUUUUUUCUGGUUUAAUUCAUGCAGCUCUCUCCCCUGCUCCUGGACAACUUCUUCAGAAGAUUCUUAUUGACAGCAAAUUAGACACACUUGGAGCAAAUGUUUAUGAAGCAUUUGCAGUGCCUUUAGGACAAGGCAGAGAAGAAAGGUAGUAUUUACACAACUAAAAUUUUAUUUUUUUUCUACUGUUUAGAAGGUAUUUUUCAGUGCUAUUCCAGUGAAACAAAAUAGGUCUUUAACAGUUGGAAAGUAAAAAUACUACAAGCAAUUUCUUCUUUAUUAAGUUGCUGUAUAAAAGAUGUUGAAACUAAUUAAAGACAUUGUUUGAGAACAUUUUUAGUAUGCUAUAAAAUAAGCUUUUAUAAUGGUGGUCAUUUAUUUCAUCAAGUAUAAAAUGUAAAUAUAGGUGUGCAUUGAAAUAUAAACAUGGUUAAUAAAAUACACCUUCACAGAUUUA